UAUUUCCCCCCAUUCAGCAGCUGAAUUUGUACAUCAUCAACCGGUUCAGUUAUUUUUAGCAGAAAAUAAGCUCAAGUGUUUACUUAAUUUAACUUGCAGAAUUCUUUAGAGGAAUAGAUGCGGCGUGUAGUUUUUUUUAGGAUAUUAAAUCAAUGUAUAUAAAAAUAUGGACUCUGAGGAGACAAUAACAGUAGCCAGCUACAAAUCUAUUCAUUUUGGAGUAGAUAUCAUAGAGGGCGCUCUAAGUCACUUACAAUUUCUUAAAAACAUCAACAAACACAGAAGCUUAUUUCACGUUCCGCUUCUACGUCGAGCUUUGCGUCGAUAUGAACAGUUUUGGUUAGAUUUGGCCGCGGAACACAACGAAAAGGUUUUAACAGCCCCUCUAGAUAUAGAAUGGAUUUGGCAUUGUCAUAUGCUAUCACCAAUAUGCUACGAAAAGGACUGUAAAAAUCUUGUAGGUAAAACCGUUAAUCAUGUGAUUGUCAAGGACAAAGAGAGACAAAAGCAUCUUGAAAUUUCAAAAAAGCUAUGGGAAGCAAAAUACCCAGAUACCCCUUUUGAGAUAAAUGUUGACCAAAAUGAGGACGAAUCUCCAGAGGAGGAGAGGGAUAGUGUUGAUAUGUGGGAAAGUAAGUUGACAUAUGAUGUUGUUUCCGCAGCUAUACGACAGUCAGCGUUUAAUUAUCAAGUUAGCCUUCCACAUUAUCAUGACAAAAACUUUUUAAGGCAAGCUGUCAAGCGGUAUAAGAAAUUAUUGUUCUUGAAAGUUCAACAUCCAGGACUAUUUUUUGUUCCUUGUUACGAUAAUGAUUUGAUAUGGCACACACAUCAACUUCAUCCUAUAGUUUAUAAAAAAGACACUGAAAGGAUAUUAGGCAAAAUGUUCAAUCAUGACGACUCCGUAAACGAUCGAAGCUCUGGAUCUAGAUUACUGAGAGCCGAGUCUAAAACAAAGCAAUUUUGGCAAGAAGCAUACAACGAAAGUUUUUCCCGUAACGGAGCAAUGUACAGAGGAGAUCCUCCAAUGGGACAGCUGCAUAGACUGUCUUCAAGUGACGUAAUGUCGUUUUCAACAAAGAGAGCAAAAGUUAAACUAGACAACAUACAAAUUGAGAACUUACCUGAAAUCAUAAAAAGUUACAAGUUAAAAGUUCAAUAUGUUUCCAAUGAUAAAGAAGGCCCUGUAAUAUUGAAUUUUAAAGGCCUACCUAGUCACUGGGACAAGAAAAAGGGAAUUGAGUUUGAAUUUGACACAAAAGACUACAACUAUUUGAAAUUCAAACUUAUACAUCAACCAAAACGCAUGUGUUUUAGUGCUACCAUCGAAACAGCAGAGGCCAAAUUUCACGUUCUUCCAUUAGCUGAAUCAAACACCGGAUGUGAUACUGAAUUAUCAGAAACAUUAGUUCUAAACGAAGAAAAGAAUAUAACUUUGAAUUUCAAUGGGAAUAUUCACGUGUAUGAUAAACCGGGACCGUGUUUCUUAUUUUUAAAGAAUGGAAACUUCGAUAGAAAGUAUUGCAUCAUGCCUGAAAAUAUACGACAAUUGUGGGGACCAAUUCCGUUGCCUAGGCUACCAGCAGGACAAGAUAAUAACUGUGUAGUUGCAUCACACAAGUUUGUUAAUCACAUGGGAGAGAUGACGUUUACAUGUCGAGUAAUACACAGUAUACCGUUACUGAUGUCAGCGAUACAAGUGUUCUACCAUGACAAAAUGGUAACAGUGGCACAUUUGAUUGGUCCAGAACAGUUACCAUGUUCUACUGAGGUUUCAGACCCUAAAUCUUGUCCAUCACUGAAUUCCAAACAAGGUCAACGUGCUUUGUUGAUCAAAACAGAGGAGGGGGACUGGGGAAUUCUGAUUGGACAGUGGACUGGGUUCCGGAGAGGAAAGCCAGGAACCAGAGGUAAUGCUGAAACUCAAAAGGGACUUAAAGGAAGUCCAGGUACAUUGACGAUCCGAUUCUUCCAUAUAAAGAGUGGACACUGGAACCAUUUAGCCUUACCUUACUUGGAAAAUCUAUUCAAGUUUAAUCUUGGCGAUUCAAAUGUGGACCUUCAAAAUGGCGUCCUUACCAUAUCUUCUGAAAACGGAGAAGUCGCUGAGAAUCUUACUAUGGCUUUUGGUGUUGCAUUACUUCAUGUUCUCUGCCAACCAAGGAAGAAACUAAAGAAACUAGGUGAAAAUACAACGCCAAUGAGAGGAAUGAAACUAAUACGCUCCAUUCCCUCCAGCGAUCUAGGGCUAGUAGUCGCUGCAGGGUAUUCGGUAGAAGCGCCAACCAAUCAAUUCAUAAGAAAACUUCAACUGCGGAAUAGAAAUGGUCCGUGUUCAUCAAAGGACGAAACUGAAAUGGUUGGAUACGGAAUGGGUGUCGAUUUUGGUGAUGCUAUAGCUGAAGAACUUGGUACAGAACCAAUGACUGAGGCUCAAAACACGAUAGAAGCACCUGGUGAAGCGUCUGCUGGUGACAUCGGUGAUACUGGUGCUGAGGUUGCCGCCGAGGCGGGAGGCGAGGCAGGAGCUUGUGGAGGUUGUGGAGGGUGUGGUGGUUGUGGUGGCUGUGGCGGUUGUGGCGGAGCGUGUGGUAGUUGUGGAGGAUGCGGUGGAUGUGCAGGUUAAUUGUAGAAUGUAUGUUUGCGUGUGGAUGUUUUAAGAGGAUUGAGUUUCAGUCAUUUCAUAUUAGGAUUAAACGUUGUAAUGUAUGCAAAGUAUUUUUUGACGGGUGAUAGUGACAGUACAACUAAAAUCCGACUUUCAUUUCAGACAAUGAAUAUUGCAAAACCCGUACAACUUAUUUUAUUAUGUGUAGUUUCAUCUUUAAUUUGGUACAUAUAUUGUUACUUACAUAAUGUAUAUUUGAAUCAAAUGUAUGUAUAGGAGUUGCAUUUACAUUUAUAUUUACACCACUGCAAAUAUAUUCAGAUUGAGUAUUGAAAUAUGUAUUUGUAGUUGAAUUGACUAAUAGUGACAAAUCAAAUGAGAGGUUGAAAUGCUAAUUUUUAUACAUUCUAUCAUCAGAGAGAACAUAUAAUUUAUUUCAUAUUUCAAAAGCUUUUUUAAUCUCUGUAAAAAUUCACAGAAACAUUGCUCGUUGCAUGUGUACUUCAACGGUCAAACAUGGCUAUUUCCAAACGCAUCACCAUAUUUUUCAAAAUGCCUUCUGAAGCGCAACAUGUAGCUCUGAAUACCGGCUGCAAGUAAAAUUAUUGAAGAAUGUUUGAAAUAUAUAAUAUAGACUCUCUAAAAUACUAUUUCUUUUAGAUUUUGAUCAUUUGUGAAAUAGCGAAUCAAAUACAGUAGAAAUUGGCCAAUAUACCUCUUAAUUUAAAAACUUAAUUGAUCUUGACAGUUGUUCCUUGAAAACUGUUACAAUGUUGAAAAUUCAUCAUCUAUUCAAUCAAUUAAAUGUAUUAUUUCUGUGUUGUGAAAAAGGAAAUUAAACACAAGGAAUAUUGCUAUAAUCUAAUUUUGGCAAAAAGAUAUUUUAAUUGAUUAAGCAAUUUUGAAUUUGUUCAAUGCAAUUUAACUAUUAUGCAAUCUGAACGAUUUCAUGCCACAUCUCAUUUAACACAUCAUGCAAUUUAUAUUUUGUGUAUUUCAAAUUCAAAGACAUUUAAAAGUGCUCUCGAUAAAAGAGAUAACAAUGUACAAUUCUCCUCAUAUUGGAGAGAUGAUUUUGUUAAGGAUGCACUGUAGUGUCAGAUCCUGGAGGUUUCAGAAAAUGUAUAAUAAACGAUAUAAAUAUG